GUCGAACGUGGUGGCUUGUUGACAAUCAAGUGUUGACAGCUAAUUCACUCAAGACGACAUUCGACGCUAUUGUCAACCACUGUGCGUUGAAUCAAAUUAUUCAUGAUUGACUUAGCAAUCGCUUUAUUUAAAUCAUUUCAGCACAACGAAUUUUGUAACCCGAAUUAAGAUGAUGACUGAUAUUGGCGAGGAGGCUGCGGUCGAAGUACAACCAAAAAUUGAACAAUACGAGAGACUAAGCGAACUUAAUGUGGAUUUUGCCGCAACCACCGCCAAUCUGACUCGAGGUAUACUCGAAGUUUAUCAGCCACCGUUGGAACAAGUUCAAAAAGAACUUGUUGAGCUAAUAAACAAGCAGGCAACUCUGAUAGAUUUGAUGAAGGUAGAGAAUAUGAAACUGAGAGAGGUCGAUGAGAACUUGGAAUUGAACGAGCUGUUCCUAACCGUCAGAAAAUAUCAAACAAAACUGGCCAAUAUCAAAAAGGAAAUGGUGUUAGUCCAUGAUAGAACAACCAAGUUAAAGAAACGAGCCUUACACUUUCAACAAGUGAAGCAAAAGGAAGCUCUUCACAAGGAGCAUCAACGAGAGCAAGAAGUUUGCAGGGAGCAAGAACUGAUCGGAAGACCUACGACAUCCUGAGAAUAUAGCUGUUCAGGAAGAUAGUGGGACUUGGUAAUCUUGAGUGAAAGUUUCCAAGUAGGCUGAAAAAUAUGGACACAGUAUCGUGAACAUAAUCGAUGCAAGUAGUUGGAUAGAAUGUUAUGAAGUAUUUCUCUGCAUUUUCUAAGAUAUGUAAAUUAUCAUUGGAACUUGCCGAUUGCGAUAUUAGUAUGUAAGUAUUUAUAGCGAACAUUUAAUACUAAUUAAGAUGCCCCAGAUAUGUUACCUUGCGCAUUGUUGGUAACCAAUUGUUUCAGGAACGUGAUUAGGAUGAAAAACUAAAAGAUCGAUCAUGAUUAGAAAAAGAAGAAAUUUAUAAGUCAAUAUCCCUAGACCACAACAAAAUUUGAAAAUUACAUCAAUUUAUACAUAAAUAUUAACAUGUAUUAACCAUAAUAUCGUGUCUAGAUCCUAAAUGAAGGUUGGCAUAAGUUUGUUCUAUAUUAUGAUUAUUAUAUUUAUACACAAUUGACGAAUGCAUACGAUCUACAUUGACAAGAGAGAAAAAAAUAUUUAGCCAACAUAAUUUUCCCCUGGAAUUCAAAUCAAUACGAAUGAUCUGUGAAUAAUAUGAAUAAUGCAAACAGUAGUGGGUUAUAAUUGAGUCUUGAAAACGGUACGAACUUCCUCAAAAUUGUAAGGGAUUGAUCGUUUUCCUUUAUUAAAAUCUUAGCGUGAUAAA